GGGGGGGGGGGGGGAGAGACCUGAAGAGGAAAAAGAAAAAGAGAGCACAGGAGAGGAGGAGGAAGAGGAGGAGAGAGGGAGGCUGACAGGCGUCACUGCUGCUUCGUGCGCAAACGAGACGAACCGAAGCGUCGACAUGAGCGGACACUUUGACGAAGACAUCCACGACCGGACCGACCGGAAGAGCUCCAAGUCCCCGACUCUGCUCUCCUCCUACUGCAUAGACAGCAUUCUGGGCCGCCGGAGCCCCUGUCGGGUCCGGAUCAUCGGAGCGCAAAGUUUGUCCGCCAGAGGAGAUCCGGACCACAACCCCGACGGCCCGAACAAAGACGCCCUGGUCCUGGCCACGGACAUGCACCUGCCCCCGAAGCUCCGCCGGCUGUACGGAGCCGGUGGGAAAUACCUCCAGAACCAGGCGGACAAACUGGACCGGGACCGGCUCCUGCUGGACCAGACCGCCGACAGCCUGAAGAUCAGCCAGGCUCCGCAGGUGAGCAUCAGCCGAAGCAAGUCGUACCGGGAGAACGCGUCCCUGAGCCGGGCGGACGGCGAGCGCAGCCCCGACCAGGGCUCCGAGGACGGCGGCCUCUUGGUGGAGCUCGGCCCGCUGAAGUUCGAGGAGGGCGCAGGGAAGGAGGAGGAGAGUUGCGGGGAGGCGGUGGCUCUGUCCCCGAAGGACGAGGAGAGCGUGACGGCCGGGGACGGAGAGGACAGCGUGUGUCUGUCGGCGGGCAGCGACUCGGAGGAGGGCAUGCUGAAGCGCAAACAGCGGAGGUAUCGAACCACGUUCACCAGCUACCAGCUGGAGGAGCUGGAGCGGGCCUUCCAGAAGACCCACUACCCGGACGUCUUCACCAGAGAAGAACUCGCAAUGCGCCUGGAUCUCACCGAGGCCCGAGUCCAAGUGUGGUUCCAAAACCGUAGGGCCAAGUGGAGGAAGCGUGAGAAGGCCGGGGUGCAGGCCCACCCGUCAGGUCUGCCGUUUCCUGGUCCUCUGGCAGCAGGUCAUCCUCUCAGCCACUACCUGGAGGGAGGGCCAUUCCCCUCCCACCCACACCCCGCCCUCGAGUCCGCCUGGACGGCAGCUGCUGCCGCAGCCGCAGCUUUUCCGGGUCUGGCCCCAUCACCCCACAACGGCUCCGCCCCACCACUGGCCACUUCCCUUGGCCUGGGCACAUUCCUGGGCACAGCUGCCAUGUUUCGACACCCGGCUUUCAUUGGACCCACUUUUGGCAGGCUCUUCUCCAGUAUGGGUCCACUGAGCAGUGCUUCCACCGCCGCGGCGCUCCUCCGUCAGCCUGCACCUCCUGUCGAGAACCCCUCCCACACGGGCCCCGUCCUUCCCGACCCAUCUUCUUCCUCCACUUCCUCGGCUGCAGCGGACCGCAGGGCCUCCAGUAUCGCCGCGCUGCGCCUUAAAGCCAAGGAACACUCGGCCCAGCUGACCCAGCUGAACAUCCUACCCACCGGAGCCGCAGGGAAGGAGGUGUGCUGAACACUCGACACCCCACAGUCCUCCCCCUGUCCUGGGCUCACGCCCCAUUCCAUGAACAUCCGUGACCCCUUUGUUCAUACCUCUGGAGGCCGGAGCAGGUAGCACAUCCUGACCCCAAACCCCGCUCGUUCCACCGCCAUCGCCAUUACCUCAUGUCUGCCCAAUGAAACAGCAUGACCAAAUUCAGCAGAGUACCGGCGAACAUC